AUGAGUGUCAAUAAUAAUAAUUUUUACGACAUAGAAUUAGGCAGCGUCGAAGAUGAAAUUAAAAGACUGAAAAUUGAAGAUAAAAUAUUUGGACAGAAACAUUAUCCAGCGGAAUCUGAUUACAUAUUGGCAAAAAAUUCAGCAAUUUCAGAGCAUGUAAACUUAUUGGAAAUACAAAAUGGCCCAGUGAAAUGGGAGGGGAGAAUAAUUACCAUAACAAAAAAAGCAACGAAGUAUUCGAUAAUGUUACACAUUAUAACAUUCAUAGUAUCAGUGUCUAUGACAUUUGGCAUUGUAUACAUGUUUCUAUUAUACAACAACACGCAGGCCCAGGGACACGAAUGA